AUGUAUGUUGUACUAAAGAGACUGAAUAAAAGGGCAUUGAUUAACGAUAUUGAGUAUGCUACAUUGAUAUUGAACAUUUUGGCAUGGAUAUUGUUAAUGUUUGUGGAAAGCUUGUUCAUGAUGAAUAUGUACUCUAACAAAGGGCCUUUAGGUAAGAAACUACUAAUUUUACCAUAGUUUUUCCAGUUGCUAUACCAAAAUCUAAUAUCUUUAUUUUAAUCGAUAUUUUUACUUUAGCAGUAACAUACGACAUCCAAUACACGACAAUCACCAACUAUUUGUUGGGUACAUGUAUUGUCAUCAAAACAUGCUCUGUUUGGGUCAUUGUGAUCGACAAGACAUUGCUUUUUGUACAGGAGAAGUACAGGAAAAAUAGAGCACGAUAUUUUGUGAUCUACCCUGCAGUAAUGUUGUUGGUAUUUGUAAUACUAAUGCUUAUUCAAAUCAAAGUCAAAUGGCCAAGCCCUGGAUAUGAACGUACGUUGGAGGUUACAUAGUUAUCAAGUUAUGUAUUGUUUCAGGCUGUGGAUCAAUGUACUGUCGAUCAAACCUGAUUGUUCCAUAUAUGGUGAACCUAAAAGCGUAUAUGAAUGUCAUUACUAUCAUCUUGGCCAUAAUUUUUCAACAAGUAUUUGAAAGAACAGAACAUAUCAGCUUCGAAUAUACUGCUUACAGAGUUAGUCGGGUAGGUUAGCUAAUGUAAAAAUGAUUUAUAAUAAUUGAAACCAGCUGUCAUUUUUUACAAAGGUUGUGAAGAAUGCAAUUUGUAAACUUUGUUACUUUUAGAAUAUAACAUUUACAUCCUUGUCCAUAGCCGUUGAACUACUUUUUGCUUAUGUGCCAGUUAUCGUAGUCUGGUUAGAAUCUCAGGUAUGUUACUGCCAAUAUCUUUUUAAAAUUCCUGUAGCACCUACAAUGCUUAGUACUCGGUAGUAUUAGGUUGUUCAAAUAAUUUUAUGCCCUUCUCAACAAGUCUUCAGGCUUUUGGUACACAAUUAGAUAUUUGAAAAACCAAAUAGUACUCUUGGGAGUACUAUUACUAAUUAAUAUUUUUACUAGUAUUAUUUUAAUAGUCAUGAUAGUACGUACCAGAACUUUACAAUAGUUACAGUUAUGCUGAAAUAACUUUUUAAUAUGUUUUAGUUUAUCCGAAACAAUAGUUUGAUAACCUUUAACAAUAUACGAUUAUUCUUACCACAGUCAGAGUGUUUGUGUAUUACCAUCGUAUAUGGUUAUCGAUUCCGUUUGUACCGAGCUUUGAAGCGAUGUAGAACACGUAUCAUCACUGGUUAUGGGCACUCGGUUACUACGCUGAACACUUAUUACUACGAUUCUGAUACGAUGUUUUGA